CUCGUCUCUCCUGGAUCUGGAACUCUCACUCCGCUCCGUCUCUGUGUGAAAUCAGACGUUCUGCUAGAAUGAGGAACCUGACGGCUCUGCUGCUUCUGCUGUCGCUCAGCUCUCUGUAUCUGGUGUCUAGUGCUGAAAUCAGUACUGACGUCAUGAAAACCUGCUGUCGAAGCGCAACUAAAGCGAGGAUCCCACUAAAGAACAUUGUGACCUACUGGAAGACCAGCAGCAGCUGCUCCCUACAGGCCAUUGUCUUUAAGACUGUAGUCGGAAAGAUGUUUUGUCUGGAUCCUGAUGUAGCUUGGGUCAGCAGUUACAUGAAGUCAGUGGAUGCAAGAAAAAAUCCAAAAUCAAAACCCUGAAGCUCAGUGUUAGAGAGCAUUUCAACACAGAAAACUAUUUAAGAUUACCGACCUGCUUAAGUACUUAUUUAAUACGUAAUCAAAAUGUUGUAAUUUCUGUAUUAAUUUCUGAAAUAAAAAUC